UGUAGUAGUUUAUACACGAAGUGUAGGUGGAUAUCCUGUAGACCCGAAGAAUGUUAAUUUAAUUAUUAAUGUUCCGAUAAGUGAAAAUAAAUUGGAUAAAAAUAUAAUAAAAAAAGAAGGUCUUUCAGAAGCUUUUAAUGAAUUUCAAAGUUAUAAUAUAAAAUUUUAUAUAGGAAUUUAUGAAGAAAUAAUUUCAAACAAACAAGUCAAAAUUGGAGAGGAAAUGGUUGGAGUUUAUGACUGGUUAAGCAAACAAAAAUAUUCUUUUGGGAUUGCUGAAUUUAAUUUUAAUGUUGGCCCUUUUGCUGUUUUUGAGGCUUUAGGAAUUGAAAAUACUUUUAAUGUUUUUGCUACGCCAUUUUUUCCAGGAUAUCUUCAAUAUCUUGGAAUUGAUGUUACUUUAUACAAUAUUCCAGGUAUUUUAUUGGUGACAAAUGGGAUGAAGAUCAGACUGAUCGAGCUCAUUUGUAUUAGGUUCAAUGAAGCGAUAUUGACAAUUAGUUAG